ACGUAGGCAGGAACUGCUUCGGAGAGUCGUACAUUGUGCUAACGUAGGCAAAUUUUAUGCUAUACCUUCGGUUUCCUUCUUUUGAACUUAAAACUUAGCUGCUUUGUUUCGCACUAAACGGAGGGGUUUAUAAAAACAUACGAUAGCAAUGGAUAACGUAACUGAUAACGUUCAAUUUGAAGACAAGCUACCAGAUCGUUAUGUCUGUCCUCUGUGUAAAAAGGUACUGAAAGAUCCAUUACAAACUUCAUGUGGCCACAGAUUUUGUUCGAGAUGCUUGAAAGCUUCCGUAAGUCUGGAAGGUCUGUGUCCAGUAGAUGGAGAGAAUGUGAAUCCAUUCUUUCAAGAUAUCUCUUGUCAGAGGGAAAUAUAUCAGCUAAUUUGUUUCUGCAACAAUCAUGAUGUUGGCUGCACAUGGAAGGAAAAGCUACAGAAUCUUGCGGAACACCUAACCCAGUGUGAUUAUAGGAAACUUCCUUGUCCAAACUCAGGCUGUAACAUCCAGUUACUGGCACAAGAUCUGCAGGAGCACAUAGAAAGGAACUGUUUAUACAAGAAGAUACCUUGUCAGUGGUGUGAAAUGCUAAUAACUGAAGCUGAACAAAAGGAUCAUGAGGAGACCUGCACAAGGUUCCCACUGUCAUGUCCUGAAAGGUGUGGUGAAGUGAAUAUACCCCGUGAGUUAUUGGAUGAUCAUAUCCAGAAUCACUGUCCUUUAGCCCAGAUAGUUUGUCCAUACAGUAUUUCUGGAUGCUCUUUUAAGGGCCCCAGAAACGCCGUGGAAGAGCAUUGUUCACAGCAGACCAAAGAACACCUGGACUUUACGGCUAGAAGUUUUACUAGAUAUAAUGAAAAACUUUCAGAGAUGGAAAAAACAACUAGGACUUUAACAACGGAGAAGCUUAGUCUGCAGACACAGCUUGAUGAUCAAAGGGAAGCUCUUGCUAAUGCUGUGCGCGACAUGCGUGUUGUUACUACUAAAGUUGAUCAUAUUGAUCGGACCUUAUCCGAUCACAAGAACAACUUGAGUGGAAUUCAGCAGAAGCUCGUCAGUUUAUCCAAUUUACCGUCCAUAGAACAGGUGUUGGCGCAGCUGGAGGAAUUUAGACAGGCAAUCCGAGAACAUGAAGUUUUAAUUACAAGCUUAAAACGGGAAGCGACAAGGGUUGUGAAUAACACUAAGGUGGCAGCAGGGGCAGAGCACGGUGCUGCAGGGUCCAGUUCAUCGCGGCUCGAUAGACACGAGCAUCAGCUAGCAUUGCAUGAUAUCAAUCUCGCCGAACAAGAUAUUAAAAUUCAAAUGCUUGAGGCCACAUCCUAUGAAGGAAUGUAUAUUUGGAAAAUUGAUGUUUGGCCGAAAAGACUUCAAGAGGCGAAGAGCGGCAGGACGCCUUCCAUAUACAGUCCUCCGUUUUAUGUAGGUCGGUUUGGAUACAAAGUUUGUGCGAGAGCUUAUCCGAAUGGUGAUGGCAUUGGUAAAGACGAGUACAUGUCUCUGUUUUUUGUAGUUAUGAAAGGUGAAUACGACGCCUUAUUACCUUGGCCAUUUCACCAUAAGGUGACCUUCAGGCUGUUGGAUCAGGGGGGUUCAGCGGAUGUUACAGAUUCAUUCCGUCCUGAUCCUAACAGUUCCAGUUUCAAGAAACCUACAUCAGAUAUGAACAUUGCAUCAGGCUGCCCGACCUUUAUAUCACAUCGCACCUUACGGACCCGGGGAUAUGCUCGGGAUGAUACGUUAUUUAUUAAGGUAACAGUAGACACGGGAGGUCAAGUUUACUGAAGCGUAUGUCGUCUAUAAAUAGAUGUUCAUAUCAUCGUGAUCGACGCGUGAUACGAAAGGGCCAUCGGUAAUUAAAUGGCUGCAAUUUCCAGUGAACCUCUGAAAAGAGAAACAAUGGAAAACGGAAAACGUGGAAUGGAAAACGUGUUUCUAGAGAACAUUAUAAUAACUCGACAUGUAACAAAUACUCUACAUUGUAGUCGCACUUUCGUCGCACUGUGGCGAAGACGUUUUAAAGAUAGGAGGUAAAAUGAAACGUACAUGUUUCUCAUGAAUAAUCGAUGAUUGAUCAAAGAAUAAGAUUUCUCUCUCUUCCUCCCUCGAGAAUGUACCCUGGUUGCGGCUGGUUACGUCAUCAUGCAGAAUCUCCCAGAAUUUGGCAAAUUUCUGAAAGGAAACUAGUCGAGGGGGUCACUGGUAAAGUUUUGUCACCACUAGCUUAACAUGAAAGGCGAGAAUUUCUUGAUAAUGAAUAAUUUUUGCAGCGGAUCGACCUAUUUUAUCAUGCACGUAGUAGCAUUUAUGUGAUUUCAGUUUUCAUCACUUACACGUUGUGAAUCUUGAGAGUAAGUUUUGUAGAAAUAGAAGUACACGAAAUCGUCGUUUAUCGUUACGUUAUGUCAUGAAUUUGAGUUUUCAUUUUUUUUAUGCGAGUUUCGAUGCAUAUAAAUAGUAUUUGUUCGCUAUUUUCUCGAUUUCGUUUGGAAUUUAUUCACACCCUUAAUUUUAGUUCGCAUUGUUUUCCUUUAUUUACUUUGGACUGAAUCAUUAAGCAUAAGUCGUGGGACCAUGUUUGAAGUCGCUUGUGUACUUUCUUUGUUCGAGCGAUUCGGCCUCUUCCUCCCCAAACAGCGCUGAUUGGACCCCUUCUCUCUAAGGCUUGAAGUCUGGUCGUAUAUAAAGGCAUUUGACGGGAAAGAACAACUAUCACCAACGACUUUCAAAGAUGUGUUUGAACACAUGGAGCCCGAGCUAUCUAUGAGAGGUUACUUAAUACUAUAUAGCUUUGUAUAUCCGCUCUGUGACUUUGUAAAUAAUAACGCAAAUAAAAUCUAAC